AUUGAUUAUCUGAAAAAAUGGAUACUUCUCCAUCCAAAAAAUAUCCAGUUAAAAAACGGGUGAAAAUACAUCCCAACACAGUGAUGGUGAAAUAUACUUCUCAUUAUCCCCAGCCUGGGGAAGAUGGAUAUGAAGAAAUCAAUGAAGACUAUGGAAAUUUUAUGGAAGAAAAUCCAAAGAAAGGUUUGCUGAGUGAAAUGAAAAGAAAAGGAAGAACUUUCUUUGGAACCAUGGAUACUCAGCCUCCACCAACAGAAGACCCAAUGACCAACGAGAUCGGACAAUUUCAGAGCUUUGCAGAAAAAAAUAUUUUUCAAUCCCGAAAAAUGUGGAUAGUGUUGUUUGGAUCUGCUUUGGCUCAUGGAUGUGUAGCCCUUAUCACUAGGCUUGUUUCUGACCGUUCUAAAGUUCCAUCUUUAGAACUGAUUUUUAUCCGUUCUGUCAUGCAAGUCUUAUCUGUGUUAGUUGUGUGUUACUACCAGGAACCUCCCUUUGGACCCAGUGGAUACAGAUUACGACUCUUCUUUUAUGGUGUAUGCAAUGUUAUUUCUAUCACCUGUGCUUAUACAUCAUUUUCAAUAGUUCCUCCCAGCAAUGGCACCACUAUGUGGCGAGCCACAACCACAGUGUUCAGUGCCAUUUUGGCAUUUUUACUUGUAGAUGAGAAAAUGGCUUAUGUUGACAUGGCAACGGUUGUUUGCAGCAUCUUAGGUGUUUGUCUUGUCAUGAUUCCCAACAUUGUUGAUGAAGACAAUUCUUUGUUAAAUGCCUGGAAAGAAGCUUUUGGGUACACUAUGACUGUGAUGGCUGGACUGACCACUGCUCUUUCUAUGAUAGUAUACAGAUCCAUCAGGGAGAAGAUCAGCAUGUGGACUGCACUGUUUACCUUUGGUUGGACUGGGACAAUCUGGGGAGUGUCUACUAUGUUUGUUCUUCAAGAACCCAUCAUUCCAUUAGAUGGAGAAACAUGGAGUUAUCUCAUUGCUAUAUGCAUCUGUUCUACUGUGGCAUUUUUAGGAGUUUAUUAUGCCUUGGACAAAUUCCAUCCAGCUUUGGUCAGCACAGUACAGCAUCUGGAGAUUGUGGUAGCUAUGGUCCUGCAGCUUCUAGUGUUACACAUAUUUCCUAGUGUGUAUGAUGUCUUUGGAGGGGUGAUCAUUAUGAUUAGUGUAUUUGUUCUCGCUGGCUAUAAACUUUAUUGGAGGAAUUUAAAAAGGCAAGAUUAUCAGGAAAUACUAGACUCUCCCAUUAAAUAAUACCUGGUUAUUGUAAUUUUGUUAAUGCUCAGUUAUUAAUAUGUACACUGCCAACUUAAUGUUUACCUAUAAUGUCUUUAUGUUAUAUAAUUCAGAGUGCUAUAUAAUAUAUAAUAAAUAUAGUAGAAAAAUUAUUAUAGUGUAAUAUAUUCAAAUAUAGAUAUUAAAUAUGCAAAAUAUGU